UCUGGCAGCGAUAUCGGGGGCGGGCGGCAGAAGGUGGUGCUUAAUCUUCGGCCGCCCGCCCGCCGAGCUCCUUUCCACUCAGGAGCGGCCGCUCCGCCAGUUUCCCGCGAUGAUGGACGAGGCGGGCCGUGGAAGCACGCGGCCGACCCCGCUCUUGGACAACAAGGGACAGGAGACGACGGUUCCGUCGCAUUUAGGCGACGGCCCGGCUAUCUCGGCGGUCAUGUUCACCGCCGGCGUGCUGGGCAACCUGACGGCGCUGGUGCUGCUGGUGCUGGCGCGGCGCCGUCGGCUAGCGCGGCGGGAGCGCCUGGCUCCUUUCCACGUGCUGCUGAUGGCGCUGGUGUUGACCGACCUGCUGGGCACUUGCCUGCUCAGCCCGGUGGUGCUGGCGGCUUACGGGCGCGGACAACACAGACCGAUGCGGCUGGACGGGCGCGACUGCCACUACUUCGCCUUCGCCAUGAGUUUCUUCGGCCUGACUACCAUGAGCUGCCUGGGCGCCAUGGCGCUGGAGCGCAGCCUGGCCAUGGCCGCGCCGUACCUAUACGAGCGGCUGCUGAGCGGGCGGCCCCUGGCGCUGCUGCUGGGAGCCCUGGCCGCCCUCUACGGCCUGGCCGCCGCUUUCUGCGCCCUGCCGCUGAUGGGUUUCGGCAGCUACAAGAACUAUUGGCCGGGCUCGUGGUGCUUCAUCGAAAUGUCCUCCAAUGGCAGAACCAAGGCCUUUGCGUUGCUCUACGCUUCGGUGCUGCUGCUGCUCAUCCUGGCCGUCCUGCUGGGCAACCUGGUGGUCAUGGUCAGCCUCUGCCGCAUGUACCUGAGGCGCGCCCACACCCGGCUUCCCGCCGCCUGCCGUUGCCCCACGCUGGGCGCUCAACUGCGCGCCUGCCGCCAGCCGGAGUCUCGCGGGGAGCGCGCGCAGGGUGCCCGGAGGGCCUUCUCCAUGUCCGAGGAGGUGAAUCACCUCAUCCUGCUGUCCAUCAUGACCAUCAUCUUCGCCGUCUGCUCCUUGCCUUUUACGAUCCAUGCCUUUAUGAACAGUAGAGUUGAUGAAACAAAGGAUCUUCUAGUGAUGCGGUUUCUGUCUCUUAAUUCCAUUGUGAACCCCUGGGCAUUUGUCAUCCUGAGACCUCCUAUCCUUCGGCUAGUGAGAUCCAUACUGUGCUGUCAGAUACCCUUAAAAUCACAACCAAAGAUGCCUGUGGAACAGAUGGACAAUUGCAGACAAUAGAGCACGGACUCAGAGAAGGCAUUCAGGUGCCCAUUUCUCACGGCUCCUUGGGAAAAAUAUGCGACUGGAAUUGUAGCAUAAACACAUUUCCUGGGAUCAUCACUCAUCUAUAGCUUCCAUGAUUCCAAGCUGUGUUCCUGUUCAUUGGAAGGAGACCUGAGAGGACUCUCCAAAUUCACUCAAUCCUAAAUAUUCCCAGUCUAACUGCAAGGCAAUAACAAUGGGCACAAGAAAGAGAUUGGAAGGAGCUGCCUUUCGCCAAUCAUGGCAAUGCUUUGUCUUGCUCCAUCUUGUUGCAGUGUUUAAGGAAACUCGCCAUAUUUCAGGUUGGGAUUUUUCCCCAGUUCUACCUGCAGAGUACCUACAGGAAUGAUCCAAAAAGUCAAGAUGGUGGCUCAGAUGAUGCAAUAAGAGCUUCAUCUUUUUUUAACGAGUGUCACAUCUACAGAGUUUCAAUCGCACUGAUGCAGAAACAUCUUGAUUUGUAUAAGCCUGUGAUGGGGAACCUAUAGCACACGUGCCAUAGGUGGCAUGAGGAGCAUAUUUGCUGGCAUGCCAGCCAUCAGCUCCAUGGCAUAGGAGUUUCUAGUUGGCCCAUUAUGCCUGUUUUUCACCAUCCCCAGGCUCCGGAGGCUUUCCUGAA